UUUACCAUGGUUGCGCAAAUAAAUACAAACAAGACUUUCAGCGAUUGUUUGUCAAGAAGAGGAAUAGUCUGUGCAAGAAGUCGCUCAAUUUGUCUCUAAACGGGUAUUUUUAGUAAACGAACUUUACUAAUAAUACAAUUAUUAGUUGCUGAAGCGGUGUUUAAACUUGACAAAGUAGAAAGUGGCAGCGUUGGCAGCAGUGCUCCGGCGGUCUGAUCCGCAGCCUGUUAACAGAGAAGAUGCCAGCAGCAGAGGAAUCACAUGGUGUCAGCAAAGUUGUGGACAACAUUUGUAGGCUUUCUCCAGAUCUGUUGGCUGAAGCAUGUCAGCACAUUCUGACAUAUCUUCAAGGGCAGACGAAAGGAGUAGAUUCAGCUGAAAUUUCUGAUAGAUUUCAGAGAGCUGGAGUCAGACUUGAGCAUGAAACUCUACAGAACAUUGUCAGAUUUCUCUUGUUAACAUUCAGGUCAGCUGGGAAGAGCAACAUCUCUGGUGAUGACCUUGUGUCAAAGCUGGAAGAAGGCAGUAACAAGUGGUCCAAAGCUUCCCUUCAGGUGUUGCACAAGUUGUGGAGUGAACAUGGUGUAUUAGUCCAUGCUCAGCAGGAGGUCCAGGCCAUGCUCAGCAUCAGCCAGAUGGUGGACAUGCAGUGGAAGCUUGGCAUGGCAGUGAGCUCCGACACAUGCCGAUCUCUCAACUCCCCAUAUGUGUCUCUACUGCUGAAGUUUGUUGAGCCCUCUGGACAGAUUAGUCAGAGGUCUUUUGAGAUGACCAUUCCACAGUUCCAGAACUUUCACAAGCAGUUUAAGGAGAUGGCAGCUGUUAUGGAGACUGUAUGAUGGUUGCAAGCACAAGUGCUUGUCGCAAUUACACCCCAGUUUACAUGUAACCAACGGAAGAAGAUUCUUACACAGCUUUUUGUCUGCUGUCUGACUGAAACUGUGGAUACAAAUUACUGCAAAUGUCAAUUGUUGGCUUUGCUUUGCACUUCCACUUUUUCACAGAUUGCAUAUCCAGAUGUAUAAUAGUUUAACAGUUUAAAAAAACGUGUCUUCACUUUGAACAUUGUACUUCCUCCCAUCAACGUAUCGAUAUGAAUAUGAUUUUAUGUACUGUAUACCCUGUUGCCAGGUUAUUAAGUACAUCUAGCUAAAACGAAUGCAGCCUGGUUACAGUCCUGCAAUAAAUCCCAAAACCUUCAUGAUGGUUACAAAGUUUAGUUUUGUUGUUUUAAUUCAACUGUCUGAUCAUUUCAGAGGAUGUAGUGUGUGGUGCCGUUGCACUGUAUUGCAGAGAGGUGUUUCUGUUAUUUAGCUUACACUUACUGACGUAAGUGGGGCGGACUAAAUAAUAAAAACACCUGUCAGUGUAACACAAUACAACUCAACAGCACCAUCAUGAUGGUUUUAGGAAUUUAUUGCAGAACUGUUAGAUUGCAUUGGUUUUAGCUCGGUGUACCUAACAUACUGGCAUCAGAGUUUGAAGCUACACUGCUAAUACUGCAAAACCCUUACUAAUAUUCAAAUAAUGCUUCAUUUGUUACAAAAUGUCUGACAUUGAUAUGGCUUAGAUUAAUCAUAGUUUGCACUAAACUUCUGUUUGCCUCUGGUUUUGCACUUUUAGACUUUACAGAAUGAACAAACAUUGCCACAGUGAACACAGCCUAUUGCUUAUGUUGUUGUGUUUUUAUCAAGGGUACGAGAUUGUGAUUAACUCUCUAUACAACAUCAUGUAUUAUACUCUAUAGUUUAAGUUAGUGACUAGAAUUGCAUUGAAACUUUGCAGUACAUUUCUUCUUCAUUUUCUUCAUUCAUUUUCGUCUUUACAGUCCUCAUGCUUUUUUGUUAAUAUCCAAAUUAUGAAGACUUACUGUUGAUGUUUGUUUUCCUUGGUGAUGCUAAAAUGCCUACUGUGUACCUCUGAGGAGGUCUUUGCCUUUUUUCUACUUUGUUCUCUCCACACUUGGAGGCCAUACAACAGUGAUGCAAUAAAUAAUUAUUAAAAGUAAA